AUGGCAACUUCGUGGGCUAUCGAACCGGCGGCAAAUCGUUCCCGCUCGGAGACGGUUCUCUCGCUGGACGGUGGCUGGCCGCCAGCACCGAAAUCACCUUCACCAGUGCGCUUCGGGUUCCGGCCAGGGCAGCCCGCUUGGCUGGGCGGUUCGAGUGGAACCAUUGCACGCACCGGUAGCCGCGAUGAUGGCAAGCUCCACAAGAGCCUGGAGGAGAUCUCGAAGGACAUUCGCGAGCUGGAGGACUUCAUUAGCGUGACCGAGGAGAUACUGCGCCGUGAACGGGAACAGGACGAGCAGAUGACGCUGCGGGAACGCCAGCGAAAGGCUGCCGAGCGGACGAUCCAGCUGAUACGCAGCAAGUGCAGCCCUGCGAAAAAGUGCCUCAACCGGAGCGGGCCACCGGAUGGCAAGCGGGGGCUGCGGUCGCCGACGUACAAGGUGAACAUUACGCAGAAGCGCCGCAUCAAGUCGUUCAGCCCGAAAGGUUGCUACAAGUCGAAGCUGUACUUUCGCAACGGCAAAAUCGGCUGCCAGGAGGCGGAAGAGAACGCGGUCUCCAACUUGCGCAGCACGCACGAGCUCGUGAAGCGGAUCAUAAACGACGAGAGCAACAUGCUUGUUAAACUGGAGCACUACAAGCAGUUCGCGGCCAACCAGGGCUCUCGGUCCAGUUCCGUCGAUACGCCCGUCGAAAGUCUGCAGCUGUGUGUAACGGAAUCGGCCGCGACUUCACUGUGCGACGAUGAACCACCUCCGCCAGCGACGGCGGUGGUUGUUAACGGUGGUUCCAUCAGCCAACUGGCCCUGCAGAACGGACCAGACAGUCCCGGGAAGGAACCAGUGGGCUCGCUGGAACAUGACCCCGAACCGAUGGAUCAAACGAUCGAGGAUCGACGUAACUCUACGAGUCCCUCGGAGCUGAUUCCGUCGAACGGGAACGAUUUUGUCACGGUGCGAUUGCGCCAUCUGGCCAGCCGAUUCUCGGAACGUACCCGCCGGAUGCGCAGUAAGCUCGAGAUUCCUCCGACACCGUCCAGCAGUGCCAGCGCCCCGUCGACGGCACCCUCAAUGCAGAAGCACAACAUCAACCAGCGCACCAUUCAGAAUUCGGCACUCACACUCCAGUCGGCCACCGAAACGACAACCGGUUGCAGUCACUUCCUGUUCUGUCCCAUCACCUGCUGUGGUCGGCGUGAUGACAACGCAGUGCUCGAUCCGCAGGGCAAGUUCUACAUUGCGUGGCUCUUUAUCGUGUCCCUCUCGUUCCUGUAUAACGCGUGGGUAAUCCCGCUGCGAUCCUCGUUUCCCUACCAAACGCCCGAGAACACCAAGUACUGGAUCGCGAUGGACAUCUGUGCCGACGUGAUCUACCUGCUUGACAUCCUGUUUGUAAAGCAUCGGCUCAUGUAUCUGUACGAGGGUUUCUGGGUGAAGGACAAGAACUUGACGCGCAAGAACUACAUGCGCAAGCUGCAGUUUAAGAUGGAUCUACUGUCGCUGGUGCCACUGGAUCUGCUUUACUUGCGCUUCGGAACGGAGCACGUGGUGUUCCGAGCACCGCGACUCCUGAAGAUUCAGAGCUUUUGGGAGUUCUUCAAGCUGAUUGAUCGUGUCAUCUCGUCACCCCACAUUAUUCGUGUGGUAAAAACGCUAACCUACAUGCUUUACAUGAUCCAUCUGACGGCCUGUGCGUACUACGCUUACAGCGCAUACCAAGGACUCGGCUCCAAUCGGUGGGUGUUCAACAACAAGGGCCAUGCUUAUGUGCGGUGCUUCGCGUUCGCCACAAAGACGGCCACUUCGAUCGGCAAAAACCCGAAACCGGAGAAGGAAGGCGAGCUAAUGUUCAUGACGGCGGCCUGGCUGAUGGGGGUGUUUGUUUUUGCGCUGCUCAUCGGCCAGAUACGGGACAUCAUCGCGACGGCCACUCGCUCCAAGUCCGAGUACAAACAGCUGGUCGACGAAACGCUCGAGUACAUGCGUAGCCUGAAUCUACCCACCGAUCUGCAGCGGCGCGUGAAAAUGUGGUUCACUUUUACCUGGGAGCAACAGAAGUGCCUGGAUGAAACGCACAUCAUGGACGCGCUGCCGGCGAACCUGAAAACCGAUAUUGCGAUCUCGGUGCACAUCCAGACGCUGUCCAAGGUGCAGCUGUUUGCCGACUGCGAGGAGGCGCUACUGCGCGAGCUGGUCCUCAAGCUGCGCUCGGUCACCUUUCUGCCGUGGGAUUUCGUGUGCCGCAAGGGCGAGGUUGGCAAGGAAAUGUACAUAGUGAAGACGGGCCAGGUACAGGUUAUGGGUGGCCCGCGGAAUGACAUCGUACUGGCCACCCUGUACGAGGGUUCUGUGUUCGGCGAGAUCAGCCUACUGGCAAUCAACGGCGCCGAAGGUAAUCGCCGGACGGCCGACGUCCGCUCGAAGGGUUUCUCGAACCUGUUCGUCCUGUCCAAGUCGGACCUGAACGAGGCGAUCGUGUACUAUCCGAACGCCCAGGCGAUCCUGAAGAAGCGGGCCAAGAGCUUGAUGCGGAAGAAUGCGGCCCGCGAGAAGGCCGAAUCGCAGCAGAGCAUCGACACCAGGGGCAGCGAGGACGUAGAUGUGGUGAUCCGUAACCCACCGGAUACGGGCGCCUCACCGAAGCUGCUGAAGACCGUCAUUCAAGCGCUGCCGAGGGAAUCGGCUGCGGUGCAGCUGCUGAUGCAGGGGUUCAAAACGAUCGACCCAUCACCCGAAUGCGAUGCGGAUGAGGAAGACGCGCCACGUGAGGAACCGGAAACCGGGUCUGUGGAACGCGAAGAAACCGCAUCGAUGCGCAGUGUCGAGAUGCGGCACACGACUGAGGUCUGCAUUGAGAACGAGAAAAACGUCGAGCUACCGUGCGAUCUCGUGUACAGCAUCAAGAAGGAGCUGAUGGAGAAUAAUAGCUACAUCAAUCUGACCGACGCCGAGAAAUACAAGCUACUACACGAGCUGUCCAAGGACGAGUACGAUCAGGCAGCGCCCCAAAAGUCCCCAGCUUAACUGUACGCGGCAGUCCCCUCGUAAACCCCGCAUGUGAUUAUCGUUCUUCAACUUCCAAUGUCCUAUCAAAUGUUCGUUUCUGCUGUUGAGCCAAUGUCUUUAGGUAACCAAUUCAGUAGAACAGUGCACACUCAGCUACUGUUUCGUAGAUCGCAGGAGAAUGCAAAUGAGCCACGCGAGCAGCAUUCAAACGAGUGGCGUCUCAAGGUGGCGACAUGAGCACCGUGGCCUGUAACGACGUGUUAUGACCGUCUUGAUGGCUGAUCGAUGAUGAUGGCUUGAGCGUAUCGUAAAAUCAUUCUGUCGCGUGCACUAUCCAUUCGCCGGGUCCGAGUUCGUAUUGUUUGUUGUACUUUACGAGCCGGCAUGAGAUCAUUCCCGCGCACUGCGAAAGGAGUAAACGUGAUCGACACGCGCGCGAGGGCCGAAUGGUGGGCCGAGUGGUAAGGAAGGUAGUGCCUUGCUCCGGGCGAGGGUCGAGUCUGACAAAUUGCUUGGUUGGAAUGGCCUUUACGCAGGUUACGGAACCGCAGUUCCGAAGGCGAAGGUGGAUGUUGGUAUACGUUUAGAGCCAGCCAUGUUUUGAUACCAGUGUUUAAAUGAAAUAAAGUCACAAUGUUAGAUUUGUAUUGAUG